AUGGCUAACCGAAGACCUUCCGGCGGCCGUCGUAUGGACUUUGUCCGCAACGACAGGGUGAAGAAUUUUCGCCCAGGAGUAUCACCGUGGCAAGGCGGGGCCCCGGGUAACGACAUCCCUAAUCUACUGCCCCUCGGUAGCGGUUCUACAGAGGCAACGCUAGCUCUCGCAAGCAACAUCAUCAACCUCUUGCAACCUAGACAAAAUCCAGUCCCGUCUUUGCUAGACAUGCCUAUUCGUCGGGAUUUCGGGCCGCCCAUGGGUCGGUAUGAUCGUGGAUAUCCACCAAAUCGAAUGAACAAUCAGGGUAAUUUCCGGAGAACGGGAAAUUACAACCGCUCUGGUGAGCGUAUCAACAGCAAUCGUAAACCCUUCAGGCCCAAUGAUGGGCAACGGCAACAAACCAAGGGUUCCCCGAAAAAGGAGGCCGAUUCCAAAAAUAAGCCCAAGGAGAGUGAGCAAGAGGGUGAAAAAUCUCAGGAAGCAGAGAAGUCCCAAGUCAAACAAGAAGAGAAGUCAGGCCAGAAGACUCGGUAUGAUGACAUUAACCCUCAACUGCUAAAAUGCCACAUUUGCAACAAGAGCAUGUGGGAUGGAAGGUCAUUUGAGAACCAUUUGAGUGGUCGCGCUCAUGCCAUCAUGAUGCAGAAAACGGCUGAGAGCUAUGCACUGACUGCAGAUACUAUGAGGCAGGAGUUUAAGAUCCGCGAAAUGAAACGCACCCGCAAAUCAGGGCAGCAACCGAUGCGCGACUUCUACUGCGCCAUGUGUCUCAUGUACGCGGCAGAUGGAUCCGGUCACAGAACAACAGUCGGCCAUCGCAAGCUCAAGAAGUACCUGCACCCGACCUGCACUGCGUGCCACAAAGAGAUGCCCACCAGGAUCGAGUUGGAUGAGCACAGACUCACUCCGGAACAUCUCAAAAUGAUGCAAGACAAGCAAGAUGUCGGUGGAAAGCCUAAACCUGAAGGUCGUAUCAAAAAGAAAGACCUUCCAGCACCUUGGCUUACGGACGACCUUAAAACACUGCUAAGUGAGAAAAAGCUGUUGAAGGCUAAAAUGAAGUCCGGCAAAGAGGAGGACGUGGAAAGGUACAGACAGGUUCGAAACAGGUGUAACGCUCUGUGUAGGGACGCACAGCGGCGCCACGAAGUGAUGAUGAUAUCCAGUCUGCAAUCGGAGCAGCUGUACCUGCGAGAUGACAGAGACAGACAGCGAUACAAGAAGCCUGCUGAGGACAAGGACAAAUCCACUCAAGACAAGGAUAAAGAUGCUUGUCAGGAAGGUGAUGAGAAGGCCGCCGAAGGAGACCCUGAAGAGAAAGCAGAAGAACUUAAAGAGGAGUUGGACAAAGAGGAUACGAUUCUGGACUACACUGAAGGCGAUGAUAUCGUUAAUAUCAGCAAUGAUAGAUAUCCUGCCUACAGUACCGAACGUGGCGUAGGCCGUUCGUUCCUCAGCGAGUUUAAGUGCUACCAGUGCCUACUGUGCAAGAAGCUACUCGACUCUGAGGAGACGGCUGAAGUGCACCUGCGGACUUGGAGGCACCAUCAGCUCUUCGUCAGACUGCUCAAUGAAAAGAGCGGCAAGGAGUGUGACGAAGAGUAUGAGGAAAAUGAUUUAGAGGAAGAAUUUAUUACAUCGAUACAGGCUGUGUGUAUCGCUUUUAUAAGGAACAUGUCCUAUCAAGAUUAUGCAACAGAAGAUCAGGGUACAGAUGAAAAUGAUAAUCUGAUAGAUGAUACCACUGAACUUGAAUCUCCAACAAACAUAAUAUCACUGGAUAUAUCGCCAGAGCAAUCAAAAGACAAUUUAACACUUACUGCUCCGUCGUUGAUCCAAUUAUCACUUUUACAAAUAAACCACAUUAACAACGUAAUUGCUAGAAGACUAUCAAUCGGUAUUGAUUUAACAUAUCCUAAACUUUUAGAGCUAGGUACUGAAAUUGCAAAGCCAAAUGUCACUAAAAUGUUUACCCCAAGUAAAGAAAAUCUUACAACUUGUUUGAUGACUCUACAAAAUCAAGACAACAGUUCUGUGACAAUCGAGAACACCACAUGUGAAAAGUCACAUUCACCCAACAAACGGGAAAUUAACACAAACUAUGUCAAUACCCAGCAAUUUCUUGACGAAAGUUCUGCAAAUGCUGUAGAUACUGUAAGACAAAAUGUCGCAAGUGACGUGUUCAACGAGGAAAUUAGCAAUGAAUUUAUUGUUUACUCAGAACCUUACAUGGGCGAAAACGAGACCAUUAAUGACGAUCAACAAUAUCAAACAAAUGUUUUUGAUUAUCAAGAGGUGACGUGUACUGACGCAUUUUUAAGGAAAACUGUUGACUAUAACCCUAACAGUGUCGAAGAAUCCGCAAGUACCCCUUUAAUGGAGGUAGAAAUAGAUACUCCACCCUACAUAGGCAACGAUAGUGUCGUUCUCAAUAUAUUAUCACCAGAAAAUCUCGACGAUAACGCUGUUGAAAAUAUAAACACAUCAAAGGAAAAUAUUUCUAAUAAUGCUCUUUACAGUUUUCCUAUGGAUAUUGCUGACUAUAAUAUAACUAUUGAUCAAACCAAUUCAAAUAUAGCUAAUGAAAAAAAUAAAACGCAAGAAGAUAAUGUAGGAUCCAGUACCAUUGAAAUAAGCGAGGAUGAAGUGAAUCAGGACAAAAACGAAACAGCAUCUAUUUUAGGUAUGAAUAACUUUGGUGAUGAUUCUGACGUUGAAAUUAUUGAGGUUACUUAUCAACCGAUCGAAAUAUUGGAUAGUGACGAUGGGGGAAAGGGGAAUUCAUCCCCGAAGCACCCAAAUGUUAGCGCGAAUAAAAAGGUAGCCAUUUUAAGUGAUAGCUCUGAACUUGAUGUGUGA